ACACACGGCACUGUAGGGGGCGCUCUGAGCUCAAUGUUUGCAACAUGCUACGAUGGAAAUGAAAAGCAGAAGAAGAUCAUUCAGCGAGCUGGGCCAGAUGCUGGAGUGUAGACUGCUUUGAUAACUGCAUCCAGGCAGUAAUGUCUGGCUAUUUGCGUUCAGGGCUUCUCCUUUACACUGGUGGAAGACAUCUGACCAGUUUCUUCGCACCCAGCCACUGUGUUUUACCAGAUACUCUGUGGAAAACCUGCCCGCUCCCUUAUCAAGCCCGGAACUUCUCCUCCCGUCGUGGUCGAUCAGAUGGAAGGUCAGGACAGGACGGCGAAAACACACUGCGUGCUCCAAGACGUGAAAUGGACUUCCAGCUGAGCCGGCUGCAGAUCAAUGCAGUUCUGUGUGCUAAUGAGCAAUCGGUUAGCAUUCCAGAGUUUGAUGGCCGUGGUGGUCCCAGUCCAGUGCUCAGGUUUGAAAGCAACCAGCUUUCAGCCAACACUCCGCUAGAGGACCGACGCAGCAGCACAAGCUGCCUCCAGACCCGUGGCAUGCUUUUUGGCAUAUUCGAUGGACACGGUGGACAUGCAUGCGCUCAAGUGGUCAGCGAGCGUCUGCCUUAUUACAUAGCUGUAUCGAUGAUGUCAGAGUCUGUCCUGGAGGAUCUAGAGGCCGCCAUGGAGACCCUACGACCUGUGCCGCCCAUUCUACAGUGGUACAAGCACCAUAACGACUACAACUACAGGGAAUCAGCAGCCCUCUACAUUGAUCAUUUGCGUGUUUACUGGCAGGAGCUUCUGGCGAGUGAAGAACACGGUGAUGGCAUGCGUCCGGCAGAUGCUCUCAGCUAUGCGUUCCAGCGACUGGACACAGAUCUUUCUCUUGAGGCACAGGUGCCGCUCGCAAAUGACCUGAUGCGGAACACGGCCAUCCAGGCCGCCUUUGCUGGCUGCACGGCUUGUGUGGCUUACGUUGGACCAGAAGGUGUGCAUGUUGCAAAUGCAGGAGACUGUCGUGCAGUUUUGGGUGUCCAGGAGCAUGAUGGGAGCUGGAGUGCUUUGCCGCUCACGCAAGACCACAACGCUGCCAAUGUAGCCGAGGUGGAGAGGGUAAUGCAGCAGCACCCAGCUAGGGAACGCCCAACCAUAAUCGUAGACGACAGGCUGCUUGGGGUCCUGAUGCCGUUGCGCGCGUUUGGAGACGUUCGAUUCAAAUGGCGUCGUGAGCUCCAGCAGAGUGUUCUAGAGAAUGGAGACUCCGAUUUAGAAGCAUUAAAUCUUUACCAAUACGCUCCACCUAAUUAUCUCACCCCACCUUAUUUAGAGGCCACACCAGAAGUCACCUACCACCGGCUUCGACCGCAGGACCGGUUUUUGAUUUUGGCCUCUGAUGGCCUCUGGGACGAGAUGACCAAUGAUGAGGCGGUGAGGCUUGUGGCAGAGCAUCUGACUGGUAUUCAUCUGCAAGCUCCUGUUUCAGCCAGUAAGCUCAAUUUAGGACAAAUGCACCAGCUGCUGCUGCAACGACGGGCCAGAGCAACACCUGCUUUGGAUUUGAAUGGAGCCACGCAUUUGAUUCGUCAUGCACUGGGCACAAAUGAGUAUGGAGAGAUGGACCAGGAGAGACUGGCAACCAUGCUGGCUCUGCCUAGUGAUUUAGCACGCAUGUACCGAGAUGACAUCACUGUCACAGUGAUUUAUUUUAACCAGAACUUUAGCAAAACUACUAAUCAAUAAAGAACAAAAUUUUUAAAGCUUCAUAUAUCAGAUUAUAUUUGAAGGAUUGUUUUCAGCUUUGAAUUUUUCAAUGCUUUUUUAAAAUGCGUUUUUCUUGUUCCUUGUUGUCUUUUAUAUUGUUGUGUACACUUAAAAAUGCCUACAGCUGACUUUGAGUUUGCAAGCGAUGCUUGCAUUUCAUUUAGGAAAAGGUGAAUGCAAACAAUGAGUAGAAUUCAUAAUGGGUGACUCCCUUUAAAAAAAAUUUGUGGGUAAAGUGAAGGUAAAGUCUUAUUAUGUUCAUGUAGUUCUUUCAGCAGCAGAUACAACUAACAUGUAAAUCAAAAAGCAUCUCUAUAAUUAAGGCCAGUUAUUUUUUCAGCUUACUUCUCUGGUGGGUAUAGACCUGUUCUUGUGCUUUGGCCAUUUUGUUGAAAUGAGUGUGCGUUUAUUUUGUUUACAUCACUAAGAUUAUAAUAAGGAUAAAGAUUCUACUUCUAAUUUAUUCUGUAUAUGUUCCAUAAGACCUAAACUUUACUUGCAUUAAAUUUAAUUUGUUGUACAGCCUGAGAUUUUCAUGAAUGUAACACUUUGCACUUUGUAGCGACUGCAGGUGUGUCAAACUGCUACGGUGAAUUACAAAAAUACUUAUCAAUGAUUAAACUGAUAUUAUUUGCAGUGCAAAGUAUGAAGGUCAUAGGGACCAAUUUUAUUGAAGGCUGUAUUAUAAAUUGCAUUUUACAUUAACGUUACAUCCACUCGCAAGUACAUUUCGAAAUAAUUUAGCUUUGUCAAAAUUGCUGUUCUGUAUGUGGAUUUAUGAAGUAAAACUGGUGCAGCCCAAUGGUGCAAACAAUGUUU